CUGCUUGGUCUUACCCGUUGACGUGUUUCUACACAGCAGAUGGCUUUACACAUAAAUCCUAUUAACAACUUUCUGCCCAUGGAGACGCGCUGAACACGGCGCUUUCUCGCUCUUUCAUUGUCUCGUCUGAGGAGCCUGUUUUGCAUUAUUUUCUAACAUCUACCAAGAAGUCGUCACAACAUGUCUGCAGAAAAGAAGCCCAAGAAGAAGAAGGAGGAGGCUAACAGCACAAGCGAGUCCAAGCUGAAUGGCAGCGAGGCCAAGAUAAAAAAAAUUAAAAUCAAAAAGAAUGAGGAAGCUUCUGAGGAGAGUCCUGUCUUGCAAAUUGACAAAAAGGUGAAGAAAAAGAAACUGGACAAGACAAAGGAACUGGGCAAAGAAAAGGAAAAAGAUAAAGAGACAAAAAAGAAAACGAAAAGUGCCCCCAAAAAGAAGAAAGAUUCAGUUACAGACGACGACGAGGAAGAGGAAGACACUGCUAAAAAGAAAACCAAGAAGAAGACAACCAAAGACAGCUCGCCAUCCCCCAGUGCCACCAAAGAAAAGAAAUCCAAAUCAAAAGAGGACAAGGAUUCCGAUGGAAAGGAGAAGAAGUCAAAGUCUAAAGAGAAAGACAAAAAGAAGGAAGCAGCGUCCCUGUUCCAGAUAAACGACAAAGAUUCUAAAAGCAAGAAGAAAGCCGCCAAAUCGGAAAGUGACGACAGCGAGGAGGAGGCCAAGUCGACAAAGUCCAAAAAGAAGUCUGCCGCAAGCUCCACGUCGUCUUUGUUCCAAACGUCAGGAGACAAAGAAAAGAAGACAAAGAAGAAAGCAAAGGCAGAAGAGAGCGAUGAUUCAGAGUCAGAAAAAGAAGAAAAAUCCAAAAAGAAGAAGGGCAAAGGAAAAAAGAAGAAGGAGAGAGCACCAUCACCUGAGAUCGAAUUUGACAACUUGGAAAAGUUUGUGAUGGAGCCGGCGCCUCAAGGCACGACCGUCAAAUGCAGAGUGACUCGAGACCAGCGAGGGAUGGAUAAGAGCAUGUAUCCACUUUACUUCCUUCAUCUUGACAACGAGAAGAAGACAUUUCUGUUGGCUGGCAGGAAGAGGAAGAAAAGUGCCACCUCCAAUUACCUCAUCUCCAUUGAUGCCACGGAUUUGUCAAGAGGUGGUGAUAACUUCAUAGGAAAACUGAGGUCUAAUUUAAUGGGCACCAAGUUUACUGUCUUUGACAAUGCUCUAAAUCCAGAAAAGGCCCUUCCAGACAUGUCCAAUGCGCGGCAGGAGUUAGCAGCAAUCAUUUACGAAACAAAUGUUUUAGGGAUGAAAGGGCCCAGGAGGAUGUCGGUCAUCAUUCCAGGCAUGGACAGGGACAACGAGCGAGUACCGCUCCGACCCAGAAAUGACUAUGACGGCCUGUUGAUACGGCACCAAAAUAGACGGAUGGAGAAUCUGAUUGAGCUUCACAAUAAGACACCUGUGUGGAACGAGGAAACGGCAUCACAUGUGCUCAAUUUCAAUGGCAGGGUCACCCAGGCCUCCAUCAAGAACUUCCAGAUCGUCCACAGCAAAGAUUUGGACUACAUUGUGAUGCAGUUUGGCCGAAUUGCUGACGAUAUUUUCACACUGGACUACAAGUACCCCAUGUGUGCAGUGCAGGCCUUCGCCAUUGCGCUCUCUAGCUUCGAUGGGAAAAUCGCCUGCGAAUGAGUCCCGAUUGUUGCCUCUGAGGAUCG